CCUCCAUCUAGGAGCUACAGUAGCUCAACAUCACAUCACACGGCAUCAAUCGCAUCCAUCAACACCACCAAUUGCAUCGCAAACACGCCAUUUGUCUUUUCCAGUUUAAGACCUCGUCGCCUCUCUCUCUCCGUAUCCCCUUCCUAAUACCGGUCAAAACAAGACCGCGCAUAUCGACUACCCGUCGCAAUGUUAGCUAGCAGUAGCAGCAUUCCUCGCCGGUAGUUUAGUAUGGUUGCUGUCCUGCCCGGAAGGCCAGAAUCCCGGCUCCAAGCUCUGGCGACGGGCUACUGGGAUUCUCGUCGCAUAACCGCAUACAUCACCGGCAGCGCCAUUGCCAUCCUUGGAGAACCACAAACCAUCCUACAGACUAUAUACGAUGACAACGAGGAGCCUCUAGAGGCUAUCGCCCUGGAUGAGGCCUCGGGCAAGAUAGCCGUGUGCACCUACGACGCUGUGCGCAUAUACAAACCGUUCGGCCAGGAGGACGACGCAUUUAGGUGGGCGCUACACUACUCCUUCGACGUCGAGCGGGAUCAGUGUGUGGCUGAAGAGAGGACGUCCAUCUCCCUCUCCUGGGGCGCAUCCGAAGAACUGGUAGUCGCACAUUCGCAUCUCGAGUUAUACCAAACAACGUCAUCUACACCACGAUGUCUGUGGCGCAAGCGCCUGGCCAACCCCGUUCGGAUUGCUAGCGUGUCCUAUGAUUCCGCAUAUAUCGCCUCCGUGGGCCAGUACGACCGCUUGGUGAAAGUCUGGCGACGACUCAGCUACGGGUCCGACGAUGUGCGCUUCGAUUUUCUCUACCUACCGCAUCCUCAGGCCGUGACCAACAUCCAAUGGCGCCGGCCUCGCCACAUUGAUCAGACCAUUGACAAUGUGCUCUACACUUUUUGCAUUGAUAAUAAACUCCGGCUCUGGACAGGCUCGGACGGCCAUAGUCACCAACAUCUUCAGCUGUGUGCAACGGUAGACCUGGCUGUGUCGAUACAAGAUCGGGCAUUAGAAGACCCAACUGUAUCUCCCCUCCGUUGGGCUUUCAUACUGCAUGGUAGAGACCUGUCUGCGGCGACAGAAAAGGCCGUUCAGGAAGCUCGGCCAGAUCAGGACACGACAGCCCUUGAGCACGUUAUUGCGAUAGCUAAUCGCAGCCCCGAGGUUGUUGUUGUGUUGGAUGGUCGAGGCCACAUGUCAGCUUGGGGUCUCGAGAACGUUGGAUCGAGGUCACAAAAGUGUAACAUCUUCAACGUCGCUCAUAUCACAUCACCAGAAUUCGACUUUUUGAAGGGCGUCACAACAAACGUGCCUCAUGUCGAGGCCUACAGUUACUGCAAUACUGGGAUUCACCUGCACAUCUUGCUACACUUCUUUGACGGCACGAUAGAGGUCUACCGAACCAACAUCGCUUCGCUGUUUGACCCAACUCCGCAGACAAGGCGGUUGAGCUUCAGGUGCCUGUGGACCGGUCACUCUGCUCCUAUCAAGAAGAUUGUCCGGAACUAUAGCGGCCGUGCCAUUGUGUCGCGGACAGGCUCAGGCCAAAGUAUCGUCUGGAAACAUGAGCUCAACAACGAGAGGACUAGGCUUUCUCAGCAGGCAGCCAUCAACCUGGAUAGCCAUGUCCAUCGAAUGUUGCUCAUCCGUAAAGGCCGCUUUGUCCUGUACCUUCGAGACAAAACGAUCUCCCUUUGGGAUUGUCGCAAAACGAAUCCUGUGUUGCUAUCAGAAGUAGACUACGAUGUUCCAGGCAAGCCGCUUUGUCUGCUCAUUCUUCCGAGGCAGCAUAUAGAAGAUUACACAACCGCCCAUGUGGCCACCAUAACGUCAGAGAAGCAAGGCAUUGUUUGGGAAGUUAAGCUUCCUUUUUACAAGCCACAAGAAAACGUCCCUGUCGUUAACGGUAUUGGGUAUCACCAAGAGGGUACGGUCCGGGAAUUCACCAAGUUUGAACUCAAGGAUGCUGGUGACUUGGCAUAUGUUCUUCCCGUGGAUCCCGCCGGCUCUUCGCCUGUGGUGUCUGGGUUCCUGGACGUCUUCGCUGUUGACGUUGCCAUCUCCUACACGCACUCUGGAAGAGUCGAAUUCUGGACAGCCAGGGUAGACCAAGAAAAACAGCACGUAGAGUGGCUUUCUACGAACUCCAUGGAGACGGGCCUGUCCAAUCCGAUACUGGUCAGUGGCAACAGCCUUAAAAAGGCAGCCCUAGUCAACUCGAACCGAUCGGAACUCACAAUUUGGGGUGUUCGGGGCGGUCGUCUUGAGUACUCACAGGACUUUGAAAACCAUAACACCAUCCGUGACCUUGACUGGACUUCAACUCCUGAUGGCCAGUCCAUUUUGGCCGUCGGGUUCCCCCAUCGGGUGCUGCUAAUUUCACAGAUGCGUUUUGAUUACCUCAACAAGGGACCAGCCUGGGCGCCAAUCAGAGAAAUUAGCACCCGCGUCCUCACACCCCAUCCUAUCGGUGAUUCCACCUGGCUAGGCGACGGGCAUCUUGUCAUCGGUGCUGGCAACCAGUUCUUCAUAUACGACAGGCACUUUGAUGUGUCAGGUUCGCUCAUCACAAGCCUGAGACUGCCGCGCCGUAAGGGUGGGAAGUGGGAUUUGUUCGAGGUAGUGCAGCGGCUGAACGGCCCAUUACCAGUGUUUCACCCACAGUUCCUGAGUCAAUGUAUUCUUUCUGGCAAGAUCGCUUUGGUCCAUCGGGUUCUGCUGGCUCUUCACAAGACGCUCAAGUUCUGGGUGGAAGGCGAGACGAUUGACGAUUAUCUUGGCCUGCCUCUUGAGGAUUUCUGGUCCGGCGAGUAUACGGACAACCACACUGGACACUCUUCAAGGAAACAGAGGAACGAUUCUGGGGACUACUUUUCCGGUGACCGUCGUAUGUCAUUCGACGACGGGGACGAUGAGGUUUUCAGCGAAGAGGUGGCGAUGAAGAUUGGCGAAAAACUAACGGAGAUUGGCCUGCCGCAGCUCUCGCGUCAUGAACAGAUUCAACUCGUGGAUAUCGUGGAAUGUGUGGGAACAGUUGAGAAACAGAGGAGGUCGCUUGAUGAGAAUGGCGCCAGAUUCAUGCUUUUUUAUCGACAACAUGCGCUACGGAAGAGGAGGACAAACGAGAAUCAUAUGUCGUGGAGGGAGAUUGCAUGGGCGUACCAUUCGGGUAGUCAGGAUAUCCUGCUGGACUUUGUGUCAAGACAACAUCAUGGCCCAAUGCUGUGGGAGGAUGCCAGGGAAGCCGGUAUCUACUUGUGGUUGACUGAUACUGCUGCUGUGAAAACCCAGUUUGAAAUCAUUGCUCGUAAUGAAUACAGCAAGAGCGAGAUGAAGAAUCCGGUAGACUGCAGUUUGUUCUAUCUGGCACUCAAGAAGAAAACGGUUCUCCAAGGCUUGUGGCGAAUGGCUUCUUGGAACCGCGAGCAAGGCGCAACCCAACGGUUCCUGGCCAACAACUUUGACGAUCCCAAGUGGCGGACGGCGGCCCUGAAGAACGCGUAUGCGCUCAUGAGCAAGAGGCGGUUUGCGUAUGCUGCUGCGUUCUUCUUGCUGGCCGACCACUUGCAGGACGCGGUCAAUGUCUGCUUGAAUCAGCUCAAGGAUCUACAAUUGGCCAUCGCGAUCACGAGGGUAUAUGAAGGGGACCAUGGACCAGUCCUGCGCAAGCUGCUCGAGGAAGAAGUGCUUUCCAUUGCGGCGAAAGAUGGCAACAGAUGGCUCGCCAGUUGGGCGUUCUGGAUGCUGCAUAGGAGGGACAUGGCGGUUAGGGCGUUGAUAACGCCUGUAUACACGCUCCUGGAAACGCCCGGUUCUUCUGGUCUCCAGUCUAAGUCAUUCCUAACAGAUGACCCGGCGCUGGUGAUCCUCUACGCCCAGUUGAGGCAGAAAACACUCCAGACGCUCCGCGGGGCAUCCAAAGUGACACCAAAGGUCGAGUGGGAAUUUGUUCUGCACAAUGCUCGACUGUAUGGCCGCAUGGGAUGUGACCUCCUCGGUCUUGAUCUCGUCCGAAACUGGGAAUUCCUCAAACCAGCACCAACUGCUCCGGCCGAACUUGGAGGCGAGAUCAACCCCCUUACACUUCUCAAGCGCAGAAGCUCCUUGGUGGUAGCGGAUAUGCCAGUCCCUUCACAUGUCUCGUCACCGGUGGUUGAAAAAGCGACGUCGUUACAGGUGCCGGCGGAAAUGAAGUCGGGACAUGGAACACCAUUGACGCCUCAUAAGCCUAAGCCGCCGCCGACGGUGUUUGAGGAGCCUGAUGCAAAUUCGUUGUUGGAUAGCUUUGGGUUUUAGGCAAGUAUUGUAGUGAAAAAAAGCCUAUGUAUAUACUUAUGUUGUUGGAGCAUGAAUCAUACCUAGGAAAUGGUAAUAAUUUGGAGGCUGGUGUAAAGAAGGAAAGUUCCUAUACAAAUUCAACACUCACCACAGACCCUAACCCUGGGAAGAUAUCACAUCCCAAUGUCGAU